AUGUCACUAACUUAUAAUCCUAGGAAUAAUAAUUUAUUAGAAAUAUUCAUUACUUGUUUUAUAAUGGGUAUUACACUUACAAUAUCCAUCAUCACACUACUACUAGGUACAUCUUCCUUGUCUAAUAAAUACAUUUGGCUAGUCAUUUAUUCCCUUUUAUUGCAUGGAUUUUUCAUAUUGGAAUUUAUAAAUUCUUCAUUAUAUCAGUAUAAUUCCGUUACAUCAAAAUCAUUUUUAAUAUAUGGUAAUAAAGGUAAUAAACAAUUUUGGUAUUUACAAUUAUUAACCAUUUGGGAAUAUCUUUUAUUAAGAUUGGGGAAAUUAAAUGUGAUUGUCAAAUAUUUCCCCAACAUAGGUAAUUGGAGUUGGAGUUGGUGGUGGUGGACAAUUUUACAAAUAUUUGGAUUACUUAUCAGUUUAUUGGGAUUAUUUAUUCGUCAUUUAGCUAUGAAAACUUGUGGAUUAUCAUUUAAUCAUUAUUUAAUUACCCCUGAUCCAAGUCCUAGCAAAAAUCAAUAUGAGAAUAAAUUAAUCACUCAUGGAAUUUAUAAAUAUGUUAGACAUCCUAGUUAUUUAGGAUUUUGGUUAUAUUGUAUUGGUAUACAAUUAAUGUUAUUAAAUAUUGGCAAUUUAACCUUGACGAUCUAUAUUUUAAAUUGGUUUUUCAAAAUUCGUAUUGAAUAUGAAGAAAAUCAAUUAAUUAACAAAUAUGGUGAUAAAUAUAUUAAUUAUCAACAAACUACAAAACGAAAAAUAUUAAUUCCACUUAUAUAG